CCCACAAUUAUGUAUGAUCGAGCUCCCCGCUUGCUCAGAUUGGUUGAAGGUGGCAGCACUGAGGAGCAUGUGGGUCCUGGAACUUACCAGGUACCUUUCCUGAAGGAGCAGGCAACAGGUGGCUAUGCACCAUUCCUUUCUUUGGCUGCCAGAGAAAGUACUUUUACUGUUGCCUCUAACACUGAGAAAGCUGUUCCAGGGCCAGGACACUAUAAUGUUUCAGAAGCACAGAAAAUUUCAAGGGCGCCACCUACAGUUUACAGAAGUGUUGAUGUUCCUUCAAUUCCUUCUUGUGGAUGGUCAUGUGGUUAUGAUAUUAAUGAGGAUGGCAGUAUUAUAAAACAUUCUCCACCUGCUAGUGACAGUACACUAGGUCCGGCAUACUAUAAACCUCAGUUUGAUUUUUCCAAUGCAACUUUGAAAUACAAGGGGAUACAUUUUGGCAACUCUUUAGGAAGACUUGAGUUACCUAUAAAGUCAGGGCCUGGUCCUGGACAGUAUGAUAUAGUCCAGAAAAAGACACCUCAUUAUGAAAAUAUUAACAUCAAGAAAGAUAAACAACAAAAUUAUUGCUUAAAUCUCCCACGAUUUUAUGAAGUAAUAAUAUUGCAGGAGGAAAAAAAGAGAUUUGUACCUAUGAAAUCAAUCACUCCAGCUCCUGGCACAUAUAAUGAAUCUCGAACUGCUUUCAAUUCCUUGAAGAAAACACCGAUACUGAAAAGUACUCCUUUUGGUCAAAGUGCUGCUCGAUUCACACAGGACUUCAGGACAGAGGAAAUGCCAGGUCCUGGGUUUUAUAAUAUCCUAAACAAUACUAUAAUCGACAACUUUAGCAAUACCUGCUUGAUGAAACAAAAGAAAAGUGCAUUUGGUUCUUCUGUUCCUCGGACUAUCUUCCUGGUUCAGAAAGAAGGUUUUACUGCUCCUGGUCCUGCUGAUUAUCAGGCUUUUUGGAACUCACAGGUUGGUGGAAUUUCUGAUGAACUACCUAACUUGACUAACCGCUAUGCUGCUUUCUUGUCAAGAACACAAAGAUCUACUAAACUGUCAGAUAUGGAUAUUCCAGCACCUGGCAGCUAUGAUGUUCAAAAAUCAUAUGAGAUGUCCCAAGUUCAACAUAAAUACAUGCCACCUCGUAGUUUUGUGGCUAAACUGAAACAUGCCUCCUUUCUUAGUACAACUCCUCGGCGUCUGGAGAAAAUGACUGAUGGACCAGGGCCUGCAACAUAUGAUCCUGUUUUAAGGAAAUCUUGCUCCAUACCCUUAUUUGUUAAAGCAUCAAAGCGUUUUAAAGAUUCCAAAGAGAUUACUCCUGGUCCUGCGACAUAUGAGCCAGCUCUAGAUGUCUUGGUUUUGUUGGUCUGGGUAGGGUGAAACCAAAGCAGGACUUUCCUACAGUACCCCAACAAGCUGGAGAAGCU